UCUACCGUGAGUUCCAAUAUGGCGGAAAUUUUGGAUAAAAGUACAAUGUUCCAUUAAUUAUUAUAUUUUUGGUCUUUUCUUUAACAAAUGGAAGAUAAUGAGGAAUGGGAAGAGGAACAGCUAGUUCUAGUCGAAUUAUGUGGUAUCCUGGAAACAGAGGUGUUACACGAGGCAACAACUGAACAUUGCAGACUCCUGGGAAUCAACACAAGUGAACCAGUACUACAGAUUGGACCCUACACAUUUGUUGGAGAACAUGAAGAUGCUAUUGGAACAAAUGUCUUCUUUGAGGAAGUGCAAGGUGACGAUAGUGAAAAGAAAAGAUUCCAGUUCAAAGGGAUGACUACUAAAUCCAUUAAGAUGGUCAGAGCCUUUUUAAAGCAAACUGCAGAAGAGGAUGAUAUGCCAGUUGAAGUGGAACAGAAUUCUACUGAAGAAUCAUUUGGUGAACAAAAUUGAUCUCAAGAUUUCAUCACUACAUGUUUCAAACAACAGUCCCCUUCUCGGUUCCCUGCACCAUCUUGAAAGGUAGCCAUGCCUGUGCAUUGAAGGAAGGACAGCAGUGACCUUGCAGUGAUAGAGACAUGUGAAUAAUUAAAAGGUUAUAGAAGGGUAUCUUUCAUUGCAAGUUUAAUGCUGUUCUGAUGAUGCAGGGAACUGUGGAUUAUUAUACUGUAGUGCAUUGUUGUUAUCGUACUACCCACUGAGAUGUGUAUAUUAGGAAUAUAAAAUAUAUGAGAACAGAAAAUAACAAAUAUUGAUGUUUUGAAGUUAUAUAUUACAUAUAUUUUAUUAACAAAAAGUAUCACACAUUAUAUCACAAGUGGGCAUUAAUAGCUCCUUAAGGAUACACGGAACACAAUCGGGUCGGGUUUUUUGAACGCUCAUAGCACGUUUAGUUUAUAUAAAUUUCCCCAUAAAGUAUACAUUUCCUAACAGCUUAAAGUUCAAAUAUUGCAUAUUCGAUUUUACUUUUGGAAAAAAAUAAUUCAUUUUGGAUAAAUCGGGCAUUGAUUGCAAACACUAUGGUUCGACGCGAGAUGUUUGUUCUCCUUUGGUUAGGGUAAACAGAUCAAUUUUUUUUUGCAUCUUAUUACACGUAUGUUGUUCUACCAAAGUGUGUCUGCGUUUUUUCUUUUAGCGCUUCUUUAAUCUUUUAUUCAAUUCCAAAGUUAUAACUACAUGUUUUUAAGGGCAUUCUUGAGAAAAUGGCAAAUAUCUGACAAAAGAAAAAGAAAAUGAAAAAACGCAGACACAAUUUUAAACUCGAGCAUAGUAGGAAUCCACAUGCCGAGUUUCACGGUAAUUGAUCAAAAACCGAGGGAGAAUAAACCUUCUGAAAAUGUGUAUUUUACCAAAAACUACUUUUGAGAAAAACACAAGUUUAGUUUAAUGGGA